GUGUGGUCUGAUCAAGUGAGGAGUCAAACAAGAUGUAAAUAAUCACAGCUGAUGCACUGGAAACAGAAGGUCAAGUCAAGAACAUUGUUCUGUGGAUACAGUAGUGUAGUGCACAUUUCAGCAGAUGUACUCCAUGCAUACUGAGACUUCACAUGCUGCAGAAACAGCAGGACUGUAUGUUAGUAUGGUGAACACGUUUGGGUAUUCGGCAGUGGGGUCAGAAUAAUUCAGCUCAUAAUGUGUAUAUCAUAAUGUGUGUGUGUGUGUGUGUGUGUGUUACAUCACUGUAGUGUUUCAUUAGCUGUGCAUCAGACCUAGUUGCAGCCCCACACCGUGUUCUGGUAUCUCUAGGGCUCAGAAGUGCAGUACAGACAGGCAGCUCGCUGGGAUUGAGACACGGCCCUGCUGCAGUUCAGUGUGUGCUCCACAGGGGGCGUUCCCUCAGCUGAUCUCGAGACUGGAGCGCGUUCAUCAUCAUCAUCAUCAUCAUGUCCACGGCGGAUCACACAGUCAUGCACGGCAUCUGGGGCAGGAACGCGAUGGAGACGCCGAAGAACAAGGGCUUCAGUCUGAUCAGGAUGAUGUCUCCGAAUUACAGGAAGGAGAACAAGAAUCUCGCACAGCAGCAUCACAACAACAUGCCCUUCAUGAUUCACUGCCACAUCGGUAAAGAGAUCAAACACAUAUGCAGCAACUGCAGCCGCGGCAGCCACGCGCAGCACGCAGAGGAGGUGGAGAAACUGGCCUCCAUCCACCCCGAGUCCCUGGUGUCCGGAUCACACGCGGCACCCAUCCACUGCAGGAGCAGGUUUGCCACUCUGGGACGCCUCUUCAAACCCUGGAAGUGGAGGAAGAAGCAGAGCGAGAAGUUCAAGCAGAGGUCAACCGCUCUGGAGAGGAAGAUGUCUGUGCGUCAGAGCCGAGACGAGCUGAUCAAGCGAGGAGUGCUGAAGGAGAUCUUUGAGAAAGACUCCAGAGCGACGGCUGUGACUCCAGAGAACAGACUGCUGUCUGACUGUGAGAGGACCGCAGAGGACAGACAGAGGACCGCCACUGUUGAGUUCCGUGCGGCUCUGGACGGUGGACUCCGUGCUCAGGAAAACACGCUCAAGUCGCUCACACUUCCUCCCAAGAAAACCGUCACCUUCCCCAGUGACCUUCAGGAGCCACCGGCCAAACCUCAGCUCAUCCACAAACAGCCUCCUGCCCUGCCGCCCAAACCCUUCUCCAGACUGACCAAUCACAGCACAGACCCGUGUCAGACGCUGAAGGUGUCGUGUCUGCAGGGAAAGCCGUCUCCUCCUCUUCCUCCUAAGAAGCUGAUGCUGUACUCGUCCUCCUCCUCGGCGCUCUCGUUCACUCCCUGCAGUCACCCGUCGGACCGCAUCAUCGACGAGCUGCAGAAGGCUCUGGCGCUCGCCAUGCAGAGACUCGACAGCUCAGCGGUUCACAGCGCUCCUCUCCGGGCCGUGGUGAUCGACUGUGAUGAUGAUAAAGAGAACAUCCCCAACGAGUCUGACUACGAGGACCUGCCCAGCAUGUACAAGGACGAAGAGCAGGAGGAGGAGGAAGAGGAGGAUGACGACGAUUCGCUCUUUACAAGCACUCUGGCGCUGAAGAUCUUGAGGAAGGACUCUCUGGCGGUGAAGCUGAGUAACCGGCCGUCUCCGAGAGAACUGCAGGAGAAGAACAUCUUACCUGUUCAGACGGACGAGGAGCGACUGCAGUCCAGACAGCUGAUCGGCACCAAACUCACCCGGAGACUGAGUCAGAGACCCACGGCUGAAGAGCUGGAGCAGAGGAACAUCCUCAAACCUCGUAAUGAGCAGGAGCAGAUGGAGGAGAAGAGAGAGAUCAGACACAGACUCUCACGCAAGCUGAGUCAGAGGCCGACGGUGGAGGAGCUGCGGUACGCUAAGAUUCUGAUCCGCUUCUGUGAUUACGUGGAGGUGGCGGACGCUCAGGACUACGACAGACGCAGUGACAAACCCUGGACCAGACUCACAGCGGCCGACAAGGUCAGGUCAGACGAACAGGCUGCCAUCAGGAAAGAGCUGAAUGACUUCAAGAGCAAUGAGAUGGAGGUACACGAGUCUAGCCGUCAUCUGACCAGGUUUCACCGGCCGUAGAGGAACACUGCUGACGGUCAGAUCACGAGCUGGACACUUCUGCACAGAGACCUCAUCAUCAUCAUCCUCCUCCUCCUCAGAUCGGUGGAUUCUCAGUGUGAGACGCUGCUUCAGGACGCUGGGAAUCCUCUGAAUCCUGGAGCUUCUGGAGGAUGAUGUUCAGAUGUUUAGACUCUCGUUUCACCUCGGAGACUGUCUGUGCUCUUCCACGUGUGUGUGGAGGGAUGAUGACUGAUUGAAGCUGUUUGAGUUGCUUCACAUCAUUUGCAUUCUUGUUUUCUCAUGCAAAUCAAGCGUUUGUCAUAAAGCCUGUCAGCAGAUGUCCUGAAGAACAUUGUCAUGUGUUAUUCAUGUUUUUCCUUGCUUCUGUCUGCUAUUUUUGUUUUAUUGAAUGUAUUUUUGAGUUCAGUGUAUUUUAACAUCUUUUCUCAGUGUUUUAGAAGUCCUUUUCAGGCACCUGUCAUCCUUUCUUCUGAAGUCCUCUUUUAAUAAACCAGAUGAGUGUUUAAUUAUGAUCAUCAUCUUCAUAUAUCUCCCAGAGUGAGGACUCAAACUCUCCAGUCUCGGGGUUUUUCAGGGUUUUUGUCGAUUGAAGCUCAUGAAGAAGUGCGUCGUGGGUCUGAAAGCACCAGAUGAAUGUGGAAGGGACGCUGUCUUCAGUCAGACGAGGGAAAACUGACCGGUCAGUCUCAAACAUCCAGCGGGUCAAGCUACAAUCAUAUUCUGCAUGCACUUUAGUAAUAUGCACAGUGGUUAUUUUUUAUCUUUCACCAUUUAAAGUAGAUUAGAGCUUGUUGAAUUAUCGCUCCUUCAAGCAGGAGUGAUUUGAGAUGAAAUGCUCCUCAUCUUUGCUAAACUGAAGUCCUGAAAUGAUUUGAUCAUCAACUGAAACCAAACCUGAAGUGUUUCCCAACAUCAGAACGAGUUUAACCAUCCGUGUAGCUCAGGUGCAAGGUGUUUUUCUAAGACAAUGUGAGGAUGAAGAACAUCAGCAGAAGGAAGAGUCCAGUGAGAUCUUUUCAUCCGGAUGGUGUUCAGCAGAAGAAGAGUCUCGUGUGGGACUGGCUCGACGCUGGUCAUCUUCAGGAACACUCUGGACAUCACGGCAUCAAAUGUUGUCAAACAUCAGCGUCACUGAACUGAACCCAUGUGGAAAUACUCAUCCUUUCAAGGAACCAAAUCAUCUUUUUAACAACUGUGUGAUUUUGAGAACUUUUAGAAACUGCAUGAGUUUAUAAGAGCGAGCGUCGAAGCGUCCUGAAGCAUCGUGUCUCCAGUGUCAGGGACGCCAUGAUUUCAGCAAUAAAACUGACCUUAUUUACAAAGA